GAUUAGAGUUUUAAAUAAAAAUGAUAGGCUGUUCAGUCAGAACUGAAUGACAGCUCAGAGAAGGAACCACAUCUGCUAUAGAUUUAAAUAAAAUGGGAUAAAAUUGUGCUCUUUGCUGCUGUGCCCUGCUGCUGCUGCUCUACUCCGCCUCACAGAGAUUGCACACAGGAAUGAAGACGCUGUGCCUGGUGAGGCACUGAUCUUCAGCUUUCUAAUCUGUUAAUCUCUGCUGUUCAGCCAGCAUCUAAAGGGGACACCGCGUUAAUCUCUAUGGGAACAUUGGGUAAUACUAUUGCAUAACAAAUCAUCUUCAUGAGUAGUAGAUUAACCUUUCUCUUAAGUGGAAACACAGCCCUUCAACGUCAUGCAGGUGUUUUGUUUUGUUGUUGUUGUGGUUGCUUUCUGCAUAAUAAUUGCAUAUUCUUACAACAAAAACAUGUGUAGACAUUAGUCAUCUGUUGCAUUUCUCUGCACAUUUUGAUGUCGGGUCAGUUGAAUGGACCAGGACCUAAAUGAAAACAGGAUUACAGAUCAUCACACUGUCUUGACCUUGGGCUUUCAAGGAGAAACGGGGCAAAUGUGAAGAGGUGUGGCCUUGGAGGUCCACACCAACGCUCCACUUGACCAAUGACUCAGACACCCACUCUCCUCACCUGUUUCCUGAGUGCUGGACCAUCCCAGCACAAAGAGGUGGAGAUGGUGCAGGCGUUUAUUUGAUUUCAGUAUGUGAGUGAAUCUUUUUAUUUUGUUUCGUGGAUCCUGCUGCACCAGAAGAACAUUUUUACUUGUCUUCUGUAUUGUUUGCGUUGGAUUGUACCGCCAUGUUUUGAUGCAGCAGAGCAGAUUGGACACUUGAAAUGCCUGGAGGCCAGUACCAGGUGGCGACCACUCGGCCCUGCCACAGCCUCUACAGCCUGACAGACAGCUCUGACGGAGGCCCCGAGGACGAGGACUCCGAAUCCUCACUGCCCCUCUCUGCCUUGCAAAAGCUCACCAGAGAUAUGUGCAAAGAUGAGAAGACCAUAAAGGAGCUGAUCAUAGGCCGAAGGGUUGGCUUCUACAAGGUCCGCGGGGAGAUUGGCUUUGGCACCUUCUCCAGGGUCAAACUGGCUUUCCAUGCUCUAACAAAAGACAAAGUGGCCCUGAAGAUCCUGGACAGGAUGAGACUGGAUACUCAGGCCCAGCGACUGCUCUCCAGGGAGAUCAGCAGCAUGGAGUCCCUGCAGCACCCAAAUAUCAUUCGUCUGUACGAGGUGGUGGAGACACCGAGCCGCCUCUACCUGGUCCUGGAAUAUGCAGGAGGAGGAGACCUCCACAACCGCAUCUGCAAUGAGGGGAAACUGUCCGACAACACCUGCAAGAUCACCUUCGCUCAGAUCCUCUGUGCCAUCAAAUAUAUGCACAAUACCAACAUCAUCCACCGGGACCUGAAAGCAGAGAACGUUCUGUUCACCACCAGUGGCUCCGUGAAGGUGGCUGACCUUGGAUUCAGCACACGGGUUUCAAACCGCAGCAAUGCCCUCGAUACUUUCUGUGGCUCACCACCGUACGCGGCCCCAGAGCUCUUCAAAGACGAGUGUUACCUGGGGCCUCCAGUAGACGUGUGGGCCAUGGGAGUGCUGCUUUUCUUCAUGGUGACCGGUACGAUGCCGUUCCGUGCCGAAACCAUGGGAAAACUGCGGCGCUGCAUCAUCGAUGGCACCUACACUAUACCCCCCUGGGUGCCGGGCCCCUGUCAGAGGCUCAUCAAGGGCAUCUUGAAGCCGGUCCCGGCCGAGCGCUACGCCGUCGACCAAAUGUUGGGCUGCGAUUGGCUCUUACCUGUGGAGUUUCCCUGGCCGUGGGUCCCCGCCGAACCUAUGAGCCCUCUGCAGAGCCUGCUGGACUCGGAAUCCAGAAACGAAGACGAGGAGGAAGAGGAGGAAGUCAGAGGUUUGCUGGAGGAGCUUGGCUUUACCGCGGAGCACUUGCACAACAAUCCGCUCAAAGACAGUCGCAGCCCUGUCACCGGGGUUUACCGCGUCCUGCUCCAUCAAGCCCAGAAGAGGAGAGGCCUGGACUGUCCACCAGUGGUUCGAGGAAUGGUGAGGGACCCCAAGAGAGAGGGGCUCCGAGCAUACAGGGGUCUGAGGCACACAUCCAAGUUAUGUGUACUUUCAUAGCAGACUGUUUAAAUUCUGAGGAACGCUUCACAUUUUUGUAAACUUUUUUAUACUUUUGCAUUGACGAAUGAGAGUUGCAGAUUUCUGAUGGACUUUUUACACUUUGUAGUUUGGCUUACUGUAUGACAUGAAAGUCUUUGAGGCCCCUAAGAUAUUAGUGAAAGUCCAUUAAUCCAUGGAAGAGGGACUUAAAUUCUUUUUGACCUGUUUGACCUGCUGCCUUCAGGGAGACGCUACAGAGUCAUCAGGUCAAAAACAAACACACUCAAAAACAGUUUUUUCCCCAAAGCCAUUACGAACGAAUUAUCUUCGUUACUGUUUUUUUUUAACUGUGCAAUACUUCUCCCGGACUCUGCAAUAUUCCUACAUGUGUAUAUACUAUCAUCUGUAAAAAAAACUAUUCAAAUGCACCUUAACCUUUUUUAUAUUUUUUAUAUUUAUAUUUCUUAUAUUUCUUAUUGUUUGCACUACUGUUAUUUGUCUUGCACUGGAGAGGUGAUG